UCUCAGUCAGGUGUAAGAUGCGUUUUGUACAUAUAUGAAAAUAAAUUAGUUUCAAAGUGACAUACUAAGAUGACAGUGUAUAAUGGAUGCGAGGCGUUAAAUAUAUGUGUUUUUUCUUACCUUUUGUGUAUUAUGUGAAAUUAUACGAAUUAUUAAGGAGGAUUGGUAGGACUUUAUUAAAACUUAAACCUACACAUUUUAAAAUGUUGUUAAGACUCAAUGUGAAGGUGACAAGUUGACAAUUAACACAUUACAUGGCAUCAUGGUAAAUUCACUCGAAAUGGCAAGGAAAUGAUGGUUAUACAUGGAUUAUUUAAAUACUUCAGAACUGUGAAAUAAAUGUUAAGCAGGUAACUUGACACAUUAAAGAUUUUUGUUAAAUAAAGAGGAACUAUAAAAUUUCAGAAAGGGAAAUUCAAGCUAACACAACAUGUUUUCUUCACAGAUGGUUGGUGGUGCUAAAUACAUCGGUGGGCUAUCUAAAUCUGUAGCCUCUAGUGUCUGGAGCUUUUUUCGGACUAGCCAGGAAGAGGGUCUUGAAUACAGCAGUGAUGAAAACAGUGACUUCGAAAGUUUAGAUGGACCUAAUGUGAACUUGGAUAUUGAUGGCAGCAGAAGCCUGGAGGAUGAAUGGCUACAGAAGUAUAAAGAUGUCCAGGCAAGCUUAGCAAAAGACUAUGAUUCAGAUUAUCAGGACAAUGUUCCUAGUCACUUAGAUCUAAGAUGUGAAACACAACAUCAUAAAGAAGAUUAUCAUAUAGAUAGAUACAGUCAUGAAUCUGAAGGUUUAUUGCCUCUGAAUCAACCAUCUGAAUCUUCAUGGCAAGAUAAAAAUAACUGUAAUGAUGGAUGUAAUAUUCAUCUUAAUGCAAACUCUGUCAAGUGUUCUAAUCAAACAGAGUAUACAAAUCAUCAUUAUCAUGAAAGUCAAACAAAUUCAAAUGAUCCAUUAUGUAAAAGACAGAUCAAGGAAGCAAAUAAAACUUAUCUUGAUGAUUCUGUGAAACAUGAACUAUUGAAAGAAAAUAAAACUGAUUUUGAAAGUUCUGUUGAGACAGAUUUACAGAGGGAAUGUACAUCGCAUUUGGAAAAUUUUAUGGCAAAAGAAACCUUGCAGGAACGUACAACUGAUUUUGAUGAUUUGAAGGAAAAUUAUUUCCAGCGGGAAUAUACAACUGAUUUUGAAAAUUCUGAGGAAAGGGAUUUCCGGCAGGAGUGUACAACUGAUUUUGAAAAUUCUAAAGAAAGGGAUUCCAGGCAAGAAUGUACAACUGAUUUGGCUGUUCCUGAGGGAAAAGAUUCCCUUCAGGAAUGUACCACUGAUUUAGAAAAAAAGUCUGUUGAAAAAGAUUCCAAACACCCAACUACUGAUUUUAAUGAUUCUGUUGGAAAACCAUAUUGGUCAGAAAACAGAACUGAGUUGAAUGAAAGCAAUGCAAGAACUCCAGUUGGCAGUUGUGUUGAAGAAGAUUCACAAGAAAGUGACACAUUCGCCAGAGAAAUGAUUUCUGGAAGUGAAACAAAUUUAGGAGUUGGAGCAAGUGAAAAGGACAUUCCAGCUAAGGAAAAUACCAAACCAUGUCCACCUAGUCACCAGAUAUAUAGAAAUCUCCAUUUAGUAAUUCUACGACCUGUCAGGGGUGUGAAAGUUAAGACUGAGAGACAGUCUCUUUCACAUAGCAAACAAUGGAGUUCAAGAUUCAUUGAGAGAGAUAAACAACCAAAAUAUAGUGCAAAAGCAAAUGUAAAUGACUCUCCACAUGCUCUAGAGUUUAAUACAGGGGAUACAGAAAACAGACCAACCAGGACAGAUAUGAUCUCCGAUGGAUCCUGUCAUAGAAAUGCUGACAAAACAUUUAAAAGGUUUCAACAAUCCUCUGCAUCUGUUUCCAUGGAUGCUGAAACUAAGGGUGAUAACUCAGAACAGAAAGGGGUUCCAUACAGAGUUAAUGCCACACAAAGGUGUUUGGAUAAUACAGAGUACCUUUACAGUAAACUGAGAGCUGUAUAUGGAGAAUGUACAGAUGAAGCUGUAAGAGAGGCUGUGGUACAGCUGAAUACCAAAUACAGUGGUUAUAUGUUGUAUUUCUGUGAUACCUUCCUAGACCCAGCCCUAGAACUCAUCAAAACAUUCAAAAAGAAUUUCCAAGAACCAGGAUGUCUUAGCACUUUUCAGUGGCCAGUGUGUUGUCAAGGAUCUAUUAUAAUUCAUCUGCAGGACACCAAACAACUGUUACCAGGGCAACAAUAUAUUUACAUCAGAAGGUCAUCUGGAGGUCAAAUACAGCUUGCUGUUAAAUAUUGUUCUUUACAAGGAUUACGUGAUGUGAUUUUAAGGAAAAAUAAUGAAAUUGCAAAUGUUUUGAAUAUGGAAUGGUCCAAUCGAUUUAAAAUGAGGUCUGAUGAAGAUCUUGGAAAACUACUACAAAGAACAAUGGCAUCUUUUGAAGAUAGUAUCCAAAGAAUAAAACUAGAGGAAACUGCUGAUUCAUGCAAGGAUUGUAAAAGGAAUAGACAAAUAUCAGAUGGGAAAAAAGUACUGUUAGCAGUCACUAAUAGAUCAAAGUUCUCAAACAAACCAGAUGGUUACUAUCCACAGAUGAACAACGAUUUACAAUGUAAUCAGCCUCGGAGUCCAGGAUUUUAUAACCACAGAACUCUGGAUGUUCCAAAAACUAUCAUGGACGUAGAUUAUGAUCUGCUGCAGUCUGGGAUAGCUAUUCUACCAGGAUGUCGAGAUAUGCGAGGGGGAGCAGUAAUUUUCAUUUUCACAGGAAGUUCUCUCUGGAAAAAUCAACAGGUAUCCAGCUCAGAGUUAGCAAGACUCCUUUUGUAUUAUAGAUCUGUUCCAAGAGAGGAAGUUAAACAGAAAGGUCUUACCAUUGUUGCUGAUGUCAGAGGCUCCAACUCUUCUACAAUUAAUACUUUGUUAGAGGCUAUAUAUUUAUUAGAGGGUAACAUACCAAAUUGUAUUGCCUCAUUAUUAUGUGUUGCUGAUCUCCAUACUGAACCAUUGGUGCUGAAGUCUCCUGUGUAUGACAAAAAGGCAUCUUUUAAGAGCUGUGUUUUACUGUCAGUUGAACAACUUUGUGAUUCUAUAGAACUAGACCAGCUACCAUUAAUAUUCCAUGGAUUGUUUGUAUACUGUCACGAGGACUGGGUUAGAUUUCAUAUGAAACUGGAUCCAUUUUUGUCCAAAUUGCGAGCUACAGCCAAAUAUUUAAUAUGUGUAAUGCAGGAUUUAUCUGAUGUUGAUGUAGUGCCAAAAAAUUUUGAUGAAACAACUCGGACAAUCAAACAUCAUGAAGAAUCAGUGAAAUCGGCUUUAUGUGAUCAGAGAUUAAUUUCAUUACAAUCAGAUGGAAAGGGAAUAAUAAGUGAUUUACAAAAAGAGGAGGAAUAUAUGUCACAUACAGAAGACUAUAGGGACUGUAUGAAAGCUGUUGACCAGUUAUACAUUCAGCUACAGAAUAGUAUGGUGAAGUUAGUAAAGUUAUCAGAGAAUAGAUUGAGAAAGCUGGAGAAAUGUCUACAUCUCAGGGAAUUCGAAGAAGAGAGUAAUAAGGUCAUCAGUUGGUUACAGAGCCAUGGUGGACAGAUUGCUGACCGCUAUGCCAAUCUGGCCGACAACUUAAAAGCCAUCCGAUCUCAACAGAAAGACUUUGAGAAAUUUCACUUCAGUGCAAUGUCUUUCAUAGAAAAAGGAAAUGAUUUGUUAGAAGAGGCCAGUAUUUUAGCCCAAUCUGGAGACUUUGAUGAUGCUACAGGGUACAAAGAAUUGGCCCGGACCCUGAAGAAACAUUUACAAGACUUUACACAGAGACUGGAGACCACCAGAGAAAGGAUAGAGAGUACCACAAAGUGUUAUCAUCUCUUAGAUAAGAGCUAUGAAUGGGCUUUAGAAGCAAUGAAAUAUGUGGCCAGUAUGAAAAUGGACCAUUCGACAACUUUAGAAGGACUCGAAAAGUUAUUACGUAGUCUAGAGCUUUACCUUCGUCAUCAUCCUGCAAUGACAGAGGCAACCUUUGCCAGUAUGUCGGAACUUGCCCAACAAUUGCAAAAUGAUAAACUUCUAGAACAGUGUCGUGUUGCGAAAGCACGUUGUGUUGAAACAAACAAUUUAUUGAAUCUCAGGCUGGGAACCUUACGUAGGGCAAAAGAAAAAAUGUUACGAGAACAAAAUUUGCAACCCUCAAAUAGUUUUGGUUCUCCACAUAGAAGCCCUGGACGGACUUAUGCAAAAGAUUCUAAUCAGAUGAGUCAGUCUUAUGAACUAGGAGAAGGGGCAUGGAAUCCCAUUCUUUCCAGUACCCCAGCUGUUCCAAACCGUGCAAUCCAUCCAGCUUUUAGAAAAUGUGUUUCUGAAGCAGCUUUUUCACCUCGUUCAGGAAAUUCUUAUAUUACUGAGGAUUUAUCUGAUCAUGUGGUUACUUCAAUUCCAAAAGUGUUAAAUGACACAACUUUAAAAUCUUCUCGAGAAGAUUUAACCGAAGACUCAUCAGAAAGUGCUCAAAAUAACAAGAACAAUAAUACUGAAAAACUAAAUAAUUCUUUAUCAACAACGAACUCCACAGAUUUUGUUUUUACUCCACCGUAUGAGCCAGGAAAUACACUUUCCUCUCAUAACAGACCUGUGAAAAAAAUGUUAAAACGGACUACAGUGAAUUCUCUAGAUACAAGUGGUGUAGUUCAAAAUGGACAUAUAAGUUUACAAAAACGAACUAGUGCUCCAUUGCCUAGUAAUGUUAUAAUUGAAGAAGAUGAAUCAAAAUUAUCUCCGCCAUUAAGAAAUCCACAGAUGAAGGCACUUGAAUGUCGGCCUGUUAGUAUGAUAACUGUCAGUACAGAUAGUCUUUCAAGUUUACCUGAGGAGGAAGAAGAAAAUGAAGAGAACAGUUGUACCAGUCCUCAAAAGAGAGAUUGGUCCAAAGGAGUUUGUGGUAGUCCACCUACCAGAGAAUGGACCCCAGUCCCUGUUAAUUCACAUCUGUCAGAGUUCAACAGAAAUGUCCCAACUGGAUCUUUAGCUGGUCUAAAACUUUCUGGGAAGGAAUCUAAAAGUAUUUUGGCUCAUGUUAUGUGUGAGAUGGUACAAACAGAGAGAGACUAUGUUCAGUCAUUACAAUAUAUUAUAGAAAACUAUAUCCCAGAAUUAUUACGAGAAGAUGUACCUCAGGCGUUACGUGGAAAGAGAAAUGUUAUAUUUGGAAACAUUGAGAAGAUCUAUCAGUUUCAUUAUCAGUAUUUCUUGAAGGAAGUUGAGAUGUGUGAACAGAAACCUUUCCAGAUCUCACAUUAUUUUCUCAUGCAUGAGAGUUUUUUCUACCUGUAUGCUUUAUAUAACAAGAAUAAACCAAAGUCUGAUGCUUUGAUGGCAGAAUAUGGUAAACAUUUCUUUAAGCAAAAACAAGAAGAGCUGGGUGAUAGAAUGGAUUUAUCUAGUUACUUACUGAAACCUGUACAAAGAAUGGGAAAAUAUGCCUUAAUGUUAAAACAGAUAAUGAAGGAAUGUCCUCAGUCUGAUGCAGCUUAUCAAGACUUAAAGGCAGCUGAACAAAUGGUAAAAUUCCAAUUAAGACAUGGUAAUGACUUGUUGGCCAUGGAUGCUUUGAAGGAUUGUGAUGUAAAUCUCCAGGAGCAGGGGAGUUUACUCCGACAAGAUGAAUUCCUUGUAUGGCAGGGAAGGAAGAAAUCGUUACGACACGUCUUCUUGUUUGAGGAUAUGAUAUUAUUCAGUAAAACCAAAAGAAACAGACAUGGGGGACCAGAAUAUUAUGUUUAUAAAAAUAGCUUUAAAAUGGCUGAUAUAGGGCUGACAGAGAACUAUGGAGAAUCAGGGUAUAAGUUUGAGAUUUGGUUCAGGAGGAGAAAUUCUGGGGAUAACUAUAUCUUUCAGGCCCCUAACUCAGAUGUAAAACAUCACUGGAUCAGAGGGAUUUCAAAAAUCUUGUGGAAUCAAGCUUUGAAAAAUAGGGAUCGUCAUAUGACAGAGAUGGCUACCAUGGGAAUAGGAAACAAACCAUGUUUAGAUAUCAAACCAAGUGCUAAUAAUAUACAGGAUAGAUUUGUUAACUAUGCUUUAGGAGGCAGGGGAGCAAGGACCAGGAACUCCAUAGCAGUGUCAUCUUUUGAUCAUUCACGACUCAACAACAAGCGACCUCAUUCUAUCAUCUCCAUUGGAAGUACAUCGUCGUCCAACAGUAGUCAUUCUGGUCUAUUUAUAAAUCCUGGUGCUGGCGGAGAUCCCUUUGAUAGUCCACGACACACAACUAACACAUGUUUAUCUAAUGAGAGUGGUAUAGGUACUGAUGUAUCCAGUAGUUACAUAGAUCAACCUUCAGAAAGUUUCCAUAAAGACAUGUCACCAACACACCAAUAUCAAUCACAUAAUGGUCCACCACCAUAUCACAUGACAUCCCAGGAAAUUCCACCUCUAGCUUAUAGUAGUACUGAUGUAAGUAAUGGUCCACCACAAUAUCACAUGACAUCCCAGGAAAUUCCACCUCUAGCUUAUAGUAGUACUGAUGUAAGUAAUGGUCCACCACAAUAUCACAUGACAUCCCAGGAAAUUCCACCUCUAGCUUAUAGUAGUACUGAUGUAUAAAUACAAAAUGUAUGAUAAAGAUGUAAUGUAGUGCACCAUUAGGACAGAUGACUCAUCUCAUUGGCUUACUCUUCUGUUUUCGUCCACUUCAUCACAUCAAUGUUAUUUCGUUAGAAGAGUGCAAUGCAAACAUAUGCUGAGAAACAUUGCUUUAAACAUUUCAUCAACCAUUGAUCAGACAACAGAACUUUUAAGACUGCUUUUAAUAGCAACCAUCAUAAAACUCUUAUUGUGGAUAUCAGUUUUAAGUAAAGGAAUCUUAAUGGAAAGAAUUGGUGCAACUAUAUUAAACAAUGUACAAAUGUUCAUGUACAAAUCAUAGAAUGUGUCUUAGUAAAAAUCCAUAUUGUUAAACAAUAGAACACGAGGCUUAGAUAGUGCUUAUUUACAGAUAUUCAUGAUGACUCCAUAUACAUGAUGAUAUACAUAUAAAGUAUUGAUGUAAGCAUUUGAACAUUAUUAUUGGUGCUAAAAUACAUUGUGUCAUUCAUACUGGUGUACAUACUACAAAGUGUAUUGUAUAAUUUUUACUACAUGUACAUUAUUAAUCAUUGUGUAUUAUUCAUGCUUGCUGGUACAUUUUGCUUCUUCCACAAUAUAAUUGUUCAAUAUAAAGUUCAACAAUAAUUUAGAUAUGAACCAAAGUUAUUUUUUCCUUCUUUUUGUGUGUCUUUUUGUCAAGUCAAAUGUAUUUGAUUAUAUGAAAAGUUCUUCAAUCCUUAAUAACAAGCAUAUUUAUCCUCAGAUGUUUAGGAGAAGUAACUUAUACUGUCGAUACCUAUAUUAUGCCUAAAACAAGUUUAACAAUUCUGUUUCAUAAAUAUUUGAAUAUGAGGUUAACAUUGCUUAUUGCCAAAUGAAAACAGAUAUGUAUAUUUUUGGAAUAAAAAUAAUUCAAAAUCAAUGUAUAUUGAUUGAAAAUACAACUAUGUAUAAAAAAAAAUAAUACUGUCAACAAGUUGAUAACAGGGAACAUAUUGUAUUUUUACAAAAACAAUGUUACCAUUGCAAUGCUUUUGCUAUUCUUUCUAUUUGUUCUUACAGCUCCCCAAUUAUUUACAAAUCAUUUGGUCUAAUUAACUGACUCUUGAGUAUUCUAGGUGAAUGAACUUCUGACCUUUCAGUCAUAAAACUUUAAACAGUACUCUGGGUACAAAAUGUGUGCUCAAAACACCAAAUCCAAUAUUUUGAUUGGUUAAUCUGUGUACGAUAAGUGUACUAAAAAAUAUUUAUUACUGCGAGGUCAGAAAAACACAUGUGACUAGUUUGAUUGAUUGCAUACAUUGAUGGAUUAAUACUUAUUAGAUAAUGUUAUAGUAGAUGGAAAAACAAACAUGUGCCAUACAAUAUAAAAUAGGUUUUAUCUGUAAUAGUUGUGUCAAUAUAAGAAGAUAAAUGAUAACUUGUACACAACAUAUAUAUCUGUUAUUAACUGCUGCUGUAUAAAGUGUUGUUGGUUUAAGUCAGUAAACAUGAAAUUAUUUAGACAGUAUUACAGAAUGUCUUCCAGGGGAGUAAAUUAUGACAUAGAUUGGAGAUUAGUAUUGUUUUAUAUCCAUUAGCUGUUAUAUUUCUAAUAAAAGGAAACCAGAAGUCUGUACUUAAUCAGAUAAUUUAAUAUAUCUGCUAUUUAAUUUUUUUGAACAAUAAGUAUAUAAUCUGAGACCAUCCAGAAUACUGAUUUUUCAAACUGGAUGAUUGUAUUUUUAGAUCUUGACUUAUUGGAUUGUAGUUUUGGAUCCUGAAUUCUAGACUCUGGAAUUAUAAAAAUGUAUUUUUUGGUUUGCUUUAAAAAGACGUGUUAUGCCAGAAGUUGUGCAUGGAUAACAUUAAAUUUUUACAGACUAUACAUACACAACUCCCAAGUAUCCUUAAUUAUUGCUUAUUUUCUAUGAAUUACACUCCAGUGCAAAUAAUGGUUCUGCUUAGAUUAUUUAUAUUGAACAAAGUGGUACAUGUAUAGUAUUGCUUUCAGACUCAUGUUUAUUUCAUGUGUACAGAUUUUUAUAUAGUAAGUUAACAUGUAAAUGAAUGAUAUUUAAGUUCUCACAAGUUUAUGUGUACACCUAAAUUUACCUCAUAAAAACUGAUAAAGAAAUUUG